CCCCGACCGCAGAGCGCAGGCGCGGAGGGGCGCGCGCGGCCGAGCCGAUGAGGGGCCUGGCGCGGCCGGCGCUGAGGGCGCGAUGGUGCCGCUCGCUCUGGGCGCUGCCGCCAAGGGCCGCCGCCAGCGCCGCUUCGCCUCCUCCUCCUCCUCCCGCCAGAGCCUCGCCGGGCCCGGGCGCGCUGAACCCAUUCGACCGCCGGCUGAAGCGGAAGCAGAAGAACUGGGCGGCGCUGCAGGCCGAGCCCGCCAAGUGCGAUUACCUGCGGGAGGAGGUCGGCGGCAGGAUCGCGGACCGGGUGUUUGACAUCACCAGAACGUUUCCUCUCGCUUUGGAUGUUGGCUCUGGAAGAGGUUACAUAGCUCAACACUUAACCAAGGAAACAGUUGAAAAACUUAUUCAAGUUGAUAUCGCAGAGAAUGCUUUAAAAAAUGCUGUAGAAUCUGAAAUCCCGACGGUCAGGGUCGUAGCUGAUGAGGAAUUCCUUCCUUUCAAAGAAGAUACGUUUGAUCUUGUUGUCAGCAGCUUAAGUUUGCAUUGGGUGAAUGACCUUCCUAAAGCUUUCAAAGAGAUCCACCAUGUGCUGAAGCCCGACGGAGUGUUCAUCGGAGCCAUGUUCGGGGGGGACACUCUGUACGAGCUGCGCUGCUCCCUGCAGCUGGCCGAGCUGGAGAGGGAAGGGGGCUUCUCUCCUCAUGUCUCACCCUUCACCGCCGUCGCCGAUCUGGGACAUCUGCUCUCCAGGGCUGGCUUCAACACCCUCACUGUGGAUACUGAUGAAAUCCAAGUGAACUACCCAGGGUUAUUUGAGGUUAUGGAAGACUUACAAGGCAAGUAUAUUCUAUCCUGUACCUUCUCUCUCUCCCUUCCUGCCCUGACAGAAAUGUACGGAAACAGCAACGGCUCCGUACCUGCCACCUUUCAGAUCUACUACAUGAUUGGCUGGAAAUACCAUGAGUCACAGGCGAAACCAGCCCAGCGAGGUUCUGCAACAGUUUCAUUUGGAGAUCUGGCAAAAAUAGAAGGACUUCUUAAAAGAGGAAAAAAAUAGUUGCUCUUCAGAAAUAAUAAUUGUCUUGAAACUUCUAUAAAAGUUUUAAUUGCAGACAGUCUUCACUUGUGCUUAUUUAGUGAUGACAUCCUGAAAUGGUAAUAAAAUAUGCACAACAGAGGUUUUUGUACUGUGCCACAGCAUUA